AGAGGAGCGUAGGCGCGAGACGCGCGGGAUCCCGAUCGUCUUGGCUGCCUGCGGUCCGGCGGGUCCUCCGUGAGGGGCGGGCCGGCGGGCCGGCUAUGGCGGGGUUUGCGGGCAGCUGAGGCGGAGGAGUUCUUGGCUUUCCUCCAGGGAGCGAGGCGGUCCCGGGUGAUGUUCGGUGUGGGGUCCAGGAGAGGCCCAGGCGGAGCCGGCAGUGGGGGCCUCUGAGGGAGCCGCGGCUUCGCGCUUGGGGGCCUGCCAAGCAGGAACAAUGGAACCAGAGGAGAACAAUUUGGUGGACCUUUCUGAUUAUGAGGUGGUAGAAGAUGAAACUUUUCAACCUUUUCCACCUCCAGCUUCUCCAGGAAGGGAUGAUGGUGGAGAAAAUGAGCCCACCACAGAAACAAGGAGGGAUCAGAUGGGAGAUAUGCCUGUAGCUACAAAGAAAGCUGUAAAAAGAAAUUUGCCCAAGUUAGAUGCUCAGAGAUUAAUUUCAGAAAGAGGACUUCCUGCAUUAAGGCAUGCAUUUGAUAACGUAAAAUUCAAAGGUAAAGGCUAUGAGGCUGAAGAUUUGAAGACAUUAAUCAGACACAUGGAGCACUGGGCACAUAGACUAUUCCCUAAACUGCAGUUUGAGGAUUUUAUUAGUAGAAUAGAGCAUUUGGGAAAUAAGAAAGAAGUUCAGACCUGCUUAAAACGAAUUCGACUUGAUCUUCCUAUUAUACAUGAGGAUUUUAUUAAUAAUGAUGAUGAUAAAGCAGAAAGUAAUGAACUUGAGACAACUACCACAGACUUUGAUUCCUUGUUUGCAAAUCCAGUUGAUAAAGAAAUAUUUGCUUCUCAGUCAAAUAGAACUUUAACAGAGGAACAGCAGCAAAGAAUUGAAAAGAAUAAACAGUUAGCCUUGGAAAGGAGGCAGGCAAAACUGUUAAAUAACAUUCAGUCCCAAGAAAAAGAUUUGUCAGUUAUUGUGCCCCAGACACAGGCAUCUGAAAACAAUAGUACAAGUGAUGCUCAAGAAGAGAAUUUAAAUGAGUUCAAUGAAGAAAAUCCAGAAAUCUCAGACAGUACUGUCAAUUCUGCAGAUAUAGAUGAUGACUUCCAGAACUCAGGAGUAAAUGAAACCAUUUAAAAUAUGCAACAAUGAUUAGCCAGCUAAUCUUUUCAAGGCGUUUAAAUGUCAACAAUUGUUUGCCUCAUUCAUCUUAGUAAUAGCUGCUUAUCCUCCAAUUUAACACACAUAGAUUUGUUGUGUUUUUUCCAUAGUGGGUAAAAACAAUUUAAGUGUUUAACUUUAUUAGAAGUCUUUUCAAGAUCUGGCCCACUUGUUUAUAUUUGUCCUAUUUAUUUAUAUUAGUCUAAAUUGUCAUAGCCUUUAUAUUUGUCUUUUUAUAUAAACAGAUCUUUUGACAAUUCCGUUAGUAUAUAAUUUAAAGGUCCUAUGUUUUAAUAAAAAGUGCUUAGUAUUUUAAGAUAUAAAAAUAAUUAUACACUUUAUUUUUUUGUAAAAUAAGUGAAUAAAGUUUUUACACAAGAUGUGAUAUUUUAAUGAAUGUAAAAAAUAAUUCUUUACAUUAGUUUGCAUAUAUUGGUGAUUUUCUUAUACUUUUGAUAACGAGAUUCUCAACAUUUAAAUGGUCACAUAGUAUGUGUGACAAACAUGAAAGAGUACUGCAUGGCAUCCAAAUUUAAGAUACGUCUAUAGAGAUUAUAUAGUAACAUUGUCAGUGAAUUAAAUCUUAUUAGCUGAUAAUUUAUACUUAAAAUUCUUUGACUUACACUUACUUCAGCCAGUGUCUAUCUUCAAGUUUUAGAAUUCUCAAAUUGUUGUCCAGCUACAAUUAGAUUAUUAUUUUUUAAAAAUAUUCCUGUAGUCUCUUAGUCCUUUAACCUAUUUCUAUCUUUUUAUUUCCCUAAGCAUCUGAUCCCUCUUUGCCAUCAACAGCCAUUUCAUUUCUGUCUUUUUGUUAUGAGCCUAUCCCUUAGGCAUCCUGUAGAACCUACUUUGUUAACCUCUAAUUUGGGGUAAACUUUGCUUUCUCAGCAUUUCUUAGCCAAGGAGCUGUGACUUGGUAAUCUCUAAUACAUGAGGGGAAUAACCAUUUCAUUUUCAUAUUUUAAUAUAAUGGGGCCCAUUCAUCUGACAAUUUCACUCUUGAGGCCCCAGGUCAUUCCGUUCAAAUAUUCUAAUAUAGGAAAAGGGAUAGCAGCUUAUUGCUGAGAAUAAAUGAGAAGUUGGCAGAUAUGUCUUACAACCAGUCUCCUUCCUGUGAUACCUGUAGCUGUUGUUGCUAGUUUCUACCUAAUCCUUCCCAAUCUGGAGCCUGUGAUUUCAUUAUUUCAGGAAGCUCCACCAUCAGUUCUGCAGUUUAUAGUCUUAAGAGGCUGUGAAGUUACUCUUAAGUCAACCUAGUUAGUAGUUUUUAAUUUAGGACUUGACCCCAUUUCUUUCAGAUUUGCUACAAUACUAAUUAGCCUGUCAGGUACAUAUCCAAAACUGGUUCUUUUGAAGGAUGUUAUAUCUCAAGGGUCUGGAUAUUGUGCCCUGGGUUUCCCCCUCAUUUCUUUUGGAGGACAUUCAGAUGAGAUUAAACCCUGGAAUGUGCGUGUAUUGAGAGUCUGGUUCAGGCUAUUAGUGCUGGAUUUGGAAUCAAAAGGACCUGGUCAUGGAUGAAUUCUAGUAAUGCUAUUACCUACUUGACUUUGGAUAAGUCAGCUUCUUAGUCUUAGUUUCUCACUAAUAAAAUGAGAGUCACUGUUUUACAGAUGAGAAAACUGAGGCAAACAGGGUGAGGUACCUUAGUCAGGGUCACAUAGCUACUUAGAUUUGAACUCGGGUCUUUCUGACUCCAAGCCUAAUACUCUAACCAGUGUAUCACCUAGUGUUGCCCCUUUAAAAAUCUCUUCUAUGAACUUGAGUAUGUAAUGCUGUGAAUUUGUUAAUUUCUAAAUUCUGGUUAAAUGUAUUAUCUAGUAAAGGUAUAAACCGAGUUCAUGUGAUUCCCAGAUGGAGACUAGAUUCAGUUUAGAAACAUUUUGUGUCCUAAAUUAUCCCUCAUGCUGAAUAGUUAAAUUAUAGAUAAGUUAUUUAUGAAUAUCUCUCUACUAUAAACUCCAAGAGAGCAGCCAUUUGAUUGCUUCUAAUGUUUUAUUGUGUCCUCCAGUGUUUUGAGUUUAGUAUCUGUUGAAAUAACAAAUAUAGCAGCAACCAACCCAUAUGUAAUACUUGAUAACUUAUAAAGUCCCCCAAAAGUUCUUUUCAUUGAUUCUGAUCCCCAUUUGUCUGAAGUACUAAGAAUUGACUACUCUUGUACAAAAGAUUAGAUUUUAUUCUUUCUGCUCCUAAGAAAAUCUUUUUAGAACAUUUAUAAAAAUAAUGAAAGAGAGGGGUAGUGAGUCAGGACAAAGGAAAUUGGUAUUGACCAGGUUCUAAAUAAUGAUAAUCUGGUUGAUAACCUGACUUUAGAGCUAUCGUUUUCUAUGUUUUUAUAAAGAUUCAUCUGUACUCAAUGCAAAUUCAAGUUAAUAAUAAAAAUAACUAAUU